ACAGUACGAAGACACACCGUGGAGGUUCUUCGUCUACUCGUCCUUCAGAGGAUGAUCCUCUGAUCUCAUCGCUGGUGACGGCAGGGCCGGAUGGAGCUGCAGCGAAAAGUGGUCAAGAAGUGUUACUGUUCCUGGAAGACGAUGAAGAUGAAGACUAUGCCAAUGCCAAAGUAGAAGACAUUAAAAAGGAGCAGAUUCAUCUAGAUCACGGAGAAAGCACACAACAAGUAG